AUGUCCUCGACUGACGCCGCUGCCGAUGCCGAUGCUUCUCCACCGAAGAUUGAGUCUCGUACUUGUUCUGCCUACAACAUUCCCAUCGAGUCUCGUACUUGUUCUGCCUAUGACAUUCCCAUUGAAUCUCGAACUUGUUCUGCCUAUGACAUUCCCAUUGAUCAAGAGAAAACAAAGACAACCACAACCACAGCCACAACAGAUACUGAUGAUACUUUGGCAUCCUCAGUCAUUGACAAAAAGGAGAUUGCUUCUCGAGUAAUCAAGGAAGGCAUCACCAGAGACCAGGUUCAUGAGGAAAUUCAGUCCUUCAUCAAGGCACCCUUACAACUACAGAAUGAAUGGAGAAGCUUGAUGACCAUUGUCAUGUUCUUGACCCGUCUACCAGUGCCCACUUCGAUUGAUUUGCAUCCAGGAUUUCUCAUGAAGGGCAUGUCGUACUUGCCCGUGGUGGGAUGUCUCAUUGGAAUCAAACUGGCAAUCACAUUUGAUUUUGUAGAACAAACACUGCUGUUGCCACCGGCUAUUGCAGCAGCCAUUAGUGUCGGAACUGGGUUCGCUUUGACCGGAUGUUUCCAUGAAGAUGGACUUUCCGACAGUGCCGAUGGCAUUGGCGGCGGAUGGACAAGAGCUCAAAUAUUCAAAAUCAUGACAGACUCUCGUGUCGGGACCUAUGGAUGUGCCGCUUUGGGGCUCUACAUAUUCACCAAAGUGCAACUGUUUGCUUCGUUGGGAGAAUCUCAGUGGAAUCUGCCCACUCUGGAGAACAACAGCAGCUCUUGGAUGAACUUGUCAGAGGGUGCCGGACCCGCCAUGGUGGUGUCACACACAGUGGCACGGGUCACCGCUCCCUACCUCACUCGUUGUUUUGACUAUGUCGACGAUGAGCAAGGACCCAAAUCAAGCUUUUAUGCAUUCAUGAUUCAGGCAAAGUAUCUUGUCAAUUGGCCAAGAGCACUCUUUGCCAUUGGCUUUGGAUUCUCAGUGACAUCACUCCUAUACAAUCCCAUUGUGGCUCUACUGGUCCUGGUCCUUGUCUUGGCAUUUGCCCACGCUGCUGGGUGUUACGGCAAUCAAAUCCUAGGAGGUGUAAUGGGUGACUACUUGGGUGCCACCAUUUGUCUAUCCGAAGUGUUGACACUGUCCAUUCUGCUGUCAGUACAAAGACAACAAUCAGAUGGAUGGGCCUUCCAAUCGCCCUUGGUUUUGGAAGACUUCUCCUUCAUUCUGCACGCAACAAACAUUGACAGUAUCCUUCAGGACAAGAGGGGAGCCGCUCUUGUAAAGUUCCUACUUCUCGUGCUUGGCAGAAAAGCAUGGACAGUCUUUGUGAGUUACAAAAACGGUAACCAACCUUCAAGGGAUCUUGAUGCGCAAUCUGCGUCCGCAGAGAAUGGCACAAAUAAUGGCGUCACCAACGUACCCGAAAGCAAAGAUCUUUCGACGACAAACGAUGACUCCCCCAAAGGCAAGGCCUCCGAAAUUCUUUCGCUUUCCAACAGCACCUUUCAGGAACGGUACGAAGCUGUUCAAGCCUACCUAGACGUGCUUGCCAAACCAGUCGGUUCUUUGGGAACCUUGGAAACGUGGGCUGCCCGGUUGGCAGCCUUGCAACGGACUCUCCAACCAGACGUGACCAAUGUGGCAUGCUUAAUCUUUGCUGGGGAUCAUGGUGCGGCUGUCGCACCUGACCAAGGAGGAGAAGGAUGCUCUGCGUAUCCUCAAGCUGUUACAAAGUCUGUUUUGGUAGGUCUCCACAGAGGAGUGGCAGGUGCAUCGGUCUUGGCCAAGGCCAACAAUGUGUCUCUACGUGUUGUCGACGUGGGUGUCAUCCUGGGAGACGACGAUCCGUUUCAGGGCAGCAGCAAUGUCAUUUCUUCGCCGCAAAAGCUUCCAACCGGGACGAAGAACUACUGCGUGGAACCUGCCAUGUCGUCGGAAGAGUGCGAGCGAUGUAUGACAAUUGGACGAGAGACUCUGAAGCAGUAUGUAGAGGAAACGUCCGCAACUGCUUUGGCACUAGGAGAAGUAGGUAUUGGGAAUACAACAAGUUCGUCAUCUUUGAUUGCCAUCUUGACUGGCAAAUCGACCAAAGACGUUUGUGGUGGAGGGGCUUUCGCUGCAAGGGAGAUUUCGGAAGCAGUUAUACCCAAAAAGAUUGCUAUUGUUGAAAAGGCGAUAGCCAAGCACUUUGGCUCUAACGGGGAAAGGCAAACCAACAUUCAAGCGUCCGAUGCGCUAACCAAAUUGGGUGGUGCCGAAAUUGCGGCUCUAGUGGGCGCGUUCUUGGAAGCGUCGCAACUUGAUGUUGCAGUCCUGGUGGACGGGUUCAUUGCUACGGCAGCAGCUCUGGUUGCAGUGAGCAUAUCUCCCAACGUCUGCCACGUUCUCUUCUUCACGAGUCACUCUGCGGAACCUGGACAACGGGCUGCCCUUGAAAAGAUCCAUGCCAUUGCCCGAGAAAAUAAUUUUCCCGUGGAUGAAUGCCCUGUUCUCAGUAUGGGGCUGCGGAUGGGUGAAGCCACAGCGGCACUCCUUGCGGUUCCGAUACUCAGGAGCUCUGCCAUGGUUCUUUCCGACAUGGCAACCAUACAAGAUAUUCUAGCUUAG